AAGAAUCCAAUGUCAAUAUUGUCAAUUUGUUAUGAAAUUGAAAUUGAACUUUUCCACCUGUGACAUAUUUUUUGUUUUUAUCCAAAAUACUUACUUGGAACCUAAGAAAAUUAAUCGUACUGUUUAUUACUGAAAUAUUAACCAUUCAAACAAAAGUGUCACUAAUAAAGCUAUGGGAAAAUAACACAGGUGCGCUAUUACUACAAUGUAGACUAUAUCCAAGGAAUUGAUAUCACUCUCUUGAUAUUGUUCAAAGAAACAUGCCAUUACUUCCAACAUCGACUCCUUUAGAGCCUGACUCAGAAUGUCGUAGUAUUACAGACAGUGUUGGAUCUCAUUCUGAUGUGUCAGGACACACAGUCCAACCUCCAGCUAUGGCUAGGCCUCAUAUGGAUGUAGUUUGUGUUAUAGAUAUGUGUCAGAUUGAUCAUCUUGCAGAUAGGAAAAAAGCUUUGGAUGAGGUGAAACAGGCUUGCCUUCAAGUUGGAGCAAAUCUUAAUCACAUCCAAUUCAAAAAUCUUGAUUUUGGUGAAGCUAAUGUUGUUAGCAGCUUUUAUAAUGCCGAUCUUGCCAUAGUUGAUCUAUCUGUUUUGGUUCAACAGACUACUUUAUUUUACCAUCUUGGAGUUAGAGAAAGUUUUAAUAUGAAACAGAAUUUACUUAUAUACAAUGAUACAGACCGAGAUGUCACCUUACGUCUCAAGUUGUCUUGUAGUACUUACACAUUUAUGUCUUAUAAAUUGACAGAUGAUGGAAUCAUUGUUGCAGCUGGACCUAAAGCAGAUGAUGGCAUUGUUGAAAUGUCACAAAAAUUAAAAAAAUUGCUUCAGGAUGUUGAAAUACAAACAAAAGCUCAUAUGAAGGAAAAAUUUCUCUCUGAUUUGAAGAAGAUAAAAGAACAGAAAAGUGGACCUGAAAAGAAAGAAGCUCUACACAACAUAUGUAAAAGAUUAGAUGACCCUAAUGUUUUAUCUUCUGAUGUUGUGCUAGAUAUGUUACUAUGUUUUCGUGAUAUCCAAGAUUAUGACUCUAUGGUUCACUUAGUUGACGAUCUGCGCACUUUACCUAUGACAAGAAAAUACCUCAAUUCCUAUAUAAAUUUCUUGUAUGCUUUUGCACUGAAUAGGAGAAAACAAGAAGGAGACAGAGAGAAAGCACUUGAAGUUUGCAUUGAUGCAUUGAAAAAGAAGGAAAACCAUUUUCCAGACAUGCUAUGUUUAUGUGGUAGAAUAUAUAAAGAUAAAUUCACCGAAUCCGAGUAUCAAGAUUCUGACAGUCUGCAACAAGCAACACAUUGGUACAGAAAAGGGUUUGAAGUGCAACCAAAUGAAUAUGCAGCAAUCAACUUGGCUACACUUCUAGUGAUUGCAGGUGCAGAAGUUGAUAAAUCUGAGGAACUUCAGCACAUAGGUAUGGUUUUGUCUAAUUUAAUUGGAAAAAAAGGUAGCCUUCCUUCCUUACAAGAUUACUGGGAUGUUGCCACAUAUUUUGAAUUCUCUGUUCUUUUUCAACAAUAUGGCAAAGCAGUUCAAGCAGCUGAAUGUAUGUUCAAAUUAAAACCUCCUGAUUGGUAUCUGAAGUCUACAGUAGGCAAUAUUCAAUUAAUUGACAGCUAUCGCAAACGGAACGAUGAAGCAACGCCCGAUGAACAAAUAUUCAAUUUUUGGAUGGAAUUUUUUCUUGAGGCAACUAGACCACCAGAGGAAAGAAGUUUCAGAUUUCCAGCUCUAAUUUUAGAACCCAGUAAAGAGUAUAUGCCAAGCCAUGUUUGUAUAAACUUACAAGCAGAACAACAAACUCUUAAACUUAGUAAUCUUUGCAAAAAGUGCCUUAUGGGAGAUUGUACACAAAUACAUGACUGGGAAUUCACUGCAAACAGUAUUAGAAGUGUCAGUUUCAAUAAGAGAGACGAGAGAUGUUUCUUCCUAUAUGUUCAUCACAAUUCUGAUGACUUUCAGAUAUACUUUCCUUCAGAGGCAUGCAGGCAAUGUUUUUAUGGGCUAAUACUUGAACUUACUGAUCAUCAAGAGGGGCUCAUAGAAACAGAACCACCAAGAGAGAUUAACUAUGAAUAUGAAACAGAUGAAAAUGACAAGCGAAUUGUAUUAGGGAGAGGUACUUAUGGAGUGGUCUAUGCUGCUAGAGACUUGAACACACAAGUCAGAAUAGCAGUAAAAGAAAUACCUGAAAAAAAUCUAGGAGCAGUUCAACCGUUACAUGAAGAAAUAAGACUGCAUUCUCAAUUGAGACAUCGUAAUAUUGUCCAGUAUUUAGGUUCAAAAUCAGAGGACAACUAUUUCAAGAUAUUUAUGGAACAAGUGCCUGGAGGUUCCCUUAGCCAGUUAUUACGCUCAAAAUGGGGUUCCCUGAAAUCUAAUGAAAAGAUAAUGGCAUAUUACACAAGGCAAAUUCUUGAAGGUCUGAAAUAUUUACAUGAUCAAAAGAUUGUCCAUCGUGAUAUUAAAGGUGACAACGUACUUGUUAAUACUUAUAGUGGAAUAGUGAAAAUUUCUGAUUUUGGUACCUCCAAACGACUGGCAGGUCUUUGCAGAACAACGGAAACAUUUGCAGGUACUCUUCAGUAUAUGGCCCCAGAGGUAAUCGACAAAGGGCAGCGAGGUUAUGGUGCUCCAGCAGAUAUUUGGUCUUUGGGAUGCACUGUGGUUGAAAUGGCUACUGGUAAGCCACCGUUCAAUGAAUUGGGUUCGCCUCAAGCUGCUGUGUUCAAAGUAGGAUAUUAUAAAAUUCAUCCUGAAGUUCCAAAAGAGCUGUCAGAGGUUGCAAGAAAUUUCAUUCUCAGAUGUUUCGAACCAAACCCUGAUAAACGGGCAACAGCAAGUCAACUCUUAGAGGAUCCUUUCUUAGGCUGUGAUCGAAAAAAAAAUGUACGUCUCAACACAGAACUGAGUAGGAGCGUAUCUGUACCUGUAGACAAAGUAAAUACAAGGUUACCAGGUUCGAGUGCUCCGAAUCAAACUCCAACUACUCCGGAUUCUGAUCGCAACAGUGAUUCCAGAAACCAGAGUAAAGGGGCCCUUCUACCACCCAUCCAUAUGCCUAGCACUUUAUCAUUCAGCAGUCUAGCCUCUACUCCAUCCUUAGACAUAGAGGCAACUCAAGAAUCUCAAGAAUAUAGACGAAAUUCGACUGGUACCCUACUUUCACCAGAUGCUGAAGGAGGUGUUGAGACUGACGGCUUUUAUCUACUGAAGAAAGAUUCUCAAAGACGACAAACUCUCACAAAGGUUCUUAGCCAGGACGGUGCCAAGAUAUGUGAUUUAUGGAUGUUGAAAAUUAAGGAGAAGAAUCAGGGACAAACAUAUCUCACUGUCCAGCACCUUUCUUUGCUAAUGGACGGACUGAAAAAUUAUCUGACUGAAACUUCAACUUCUGUGAUAGAAAAUGUCAUAAGUCGAUUAAAAGCUGAGCUUCAUUACGAAGAAACUGCUAUUAACCAGUUGGAGUUUGCGAUUUAUCUCUACCAGGAGGCGGUAAUUGAAGUACUUAGAUCUCAUCCAAUAAAACCUCAUUGGAUGUUUGCCUUGGAUAACUUAGUAAGAGCAAGUGUACAGGCUGCCAUAACAGUACUAUCACCUGAAUUAGGAGAAAAUCUUGCCAACCAUAGUUCCCCUAGUACAAUUAAUUCCUCUAAAUCAAGUAAAAGUACAGAAAGCUUUGAUGUUCCUGAACAAAUUUUACAAUUAAGGACUGAGAAUAAUAGACAAUUCCAGGAAAUGCUAGACAUGCAUAAACAACUCCAAUCUUUUAUGAAGCAGCUAGUAGAUAAUACGAAUCGUUUAUUGAAUUGUAGUUGUCAAGCACAAGAAAUAUUACCUGAAGAUCAGAGACUCAAGGUAUGGUUGAAUCAUAUAGGCCUCCAUGAAGUAGCUCAAAAUAAAAUAUUGGCUGAAGGAUAUUCUCUGGAAGAAGUCCAACAGCAUAUUACUAGAGAUGAUUUGAAGAAAUUGAAAUUAAGAGGUUCAUCAGAAUUGCGAGUUUGGAUGGCAAUAGAACAAUAUAGGCGAAAUGACCACACUACGAAUAAUAAUCGAUUGAACAAUGGCAAUCUUUACUGACAAUUUGUAGAGGAUAGAUUCCAAAUGUAGUACUGAAUUACUAUUUUAAAUAGUUCAUGUUGAGUGCCUUUUAAUAAUUUGAGAAAAAUUAUUUUAUUUUUAAUUGAAAUUUUUAAUCCAGUGUAGAAUUUCAAUAUUGUUUAAAUUUUGAAAUUAUAUCCUAAGUUAUAAAUAAGUCUAAUAUUGUUGACUAAUGAAUAAAUCAGUUGAUUUUUUAAUA